AAAAAAUGCCAGUUGCAUUACUUCGUUUUCACUUUCUAAAAUUUUAAUCAGCGAUUGUAGUUUUUGUUUUGAAUUAAUAAUGAGUUUUUCUAACAUUAUUGUAUUUUUUUAUUAUUAUAAUUGAUGUUAAUGGUGUCGUGCAGGCGCGGGUGCAGCUGGGGUCUUUGCGGUUGGAAAAAGCGCCAAAUCCUGCGCACAUCGCGUGGUUUAUCAAAUGGUUAUACAAAUAUACUAUGUAAUUUAAUAAGUUAUCGCAGAAAUCGAAAAUAAAGUACAACAUGACUCAGUAAGUGUGGAGCGCUGUUGUGUUGGCUGUAUCAUCAAAUACUAAAUACGGUCGAAGAUGCCCGGCCUACAGGGCGAUGCCGCGGCUCUCGGGAGCCCCAUCAAAAAGAGCAAACUCUCCCUGAAGUUUUUCCAGAAGAAGGAGACGAAGCGAGCCUUGGACUUCUCCGAACCUCAAGUAGAGGAACCAAAACCAGUCAGAGUUGAACCUGAGGAGCCUUCAAGCUGUGACCAGGUUGUGCCAAUCCCACUGCCUGGACCUGCCCCGUGUCCAACCUCUCCCAUCUGCCCAAGUGACAAGGGAGAGGAGACGCUGGUGCCCUUUGUUGGGCUCAAUAACCUGGGAAACACCUGUUACCUGAACAGCAUUCUACAGGUAUUGUACUACUGUCCUGGGCUCAGAGAUGGCAUCAAGAACCUCUACAGUUUGUCCAAAACAAGGGACAAGCAAAAGGAAGAGGCUGCUAAUAGUGAUGAGACGGAGGGUCCAGAGGAGGCGGUGCCAGUACACAUGGAACUGCUGGGUAGUUUCCACAGUCUGAUCACCUCGGUAGAGCAGCUCCAGUCCAGCUACCUGCACAACCCUGACAAGUACAGUGAUGGGGAGCUGGCCACACCUCCACGCAAGCUACUAAACACACUCAGACAGCUGAACCCCAUGUACGAAGGCUACCUACAGCACGAUGCCCAGGAGGUGCUGCAGUGCAUCCUGGGAUACAUCCAGGAGGCCUCUGAGACAAUCAGGAAGGAACAGGAGGACCAGGACGAUGUCAUAGAGGUCAAGCCAGGCAGUUCUGCCCCUGUGGGCACCAACGGGGCUUCAACAGAAGAGCAGGCCCAAACUUCAGAAACAUCACUUGAUGAUGAUGAUGGCCAAACCAGUGGUAAGAGGAAGAGCGAUACAGAGGCAGGCAAUGCCAAGAAGAAGCCAAAAUCUGUCAAGUCCAAGAAUGCUGCUGCUGUUGCAGCCAACGAUGGCAAACCCUUCACUCGCUCCAAGAGGAAGUCUACUGGUGGCAUCACUGUAGCGCCAAAAGACAAAGCUGAAGAAGAGGGGGAGAAAAAGCAGGAAGAAAAGGGAGAGGAGGAAAGUAAUGUGGAGGGGAAAGGAGAGGUAGAGGUGGCCCCUAAAGAGGUGGAGGUUAAGGGGAAGAAGAGGCCCAAGUUGUGCUGGCCGAGGCACUCGGGGAAGCAGCCCAGUAUCUUCUCUAAGUUCAUGAGUAUGGGACGGAUCAGCUGCCACACAGGAGGGAAGACCGAGACAGCCAAACCUGACCCGGAGGAGACGGGUCCUAGCCAACCUCAGGAGAAUGAUGAUGGGGAACACGGGAGGAACCCUCAGGAGAAGGUAACAGAAGUGCCCGAGGAGGAGAAAGCUAAAAGUGAAGAGUGCCUGGGUGUGGACAUGAUGGAGCAUCUGUUCCAGGGCUGUCUGGUGUUGAGGACGCGUUGUCUGGAGUGUGAGUGUUACACCGAGAGGAGAGAAGACUUCCAGGACAUCAGUGUCCCAGUGCAGGAGGAAGAACCCUGCAGCCCAGACAGCAGCUCAGAGGUCUCCCCUGAUCCCAAACCGGUGCUGAAGACUCUGACGUGGGCCAUCUCCCAGUUUGCCUCAGUGGAGAGGAUUGUAGGGGAGGACAAGUACUUCUGUGAGACCUGCCACCACUACACAGAGGCUGAGAGGAGUCUCCUGUUUGAUAAAACCCCAGAGGUCGUCACUAUCCAUCUCAAGUGCUUCUCAGCCAACGGGUUGGAGAUGGACCCGUACGGCGGCCUCUCAAAGGUGAACACCCCUCUACAGACCCCACUGAAGCUCUCUCUGGAGGAGUGGUGCACGCACCCCUCAGCCACUGCCACCGGAGGGCAGCACUACCAGCUGUUUGCUGUGGUCAUGCACAGUGGGGUCACCAUCUCCAGCGGACACUACACCACUUACAUCAGGAUGAUGGACCUUAAGGACACCAAGGUCCGCCUGCCAGAGGGGGAUGAGAAGCAGGGAGAAGAGGACUGUGGCGGGAAAGUGCCGGUUCCGGAACCCAAAGAAGAGGUGCUGGAUUAUGACGAUGGGGAAGUGUCCUUCAGUCUCCGUGGUAAAGCAGGACAGAGUGGUUCUGUGAAUGCUAACUCCAACACCAGUAAGAUGGGCUCCAAGAAGGCUUCAGACGGGGUAGGACUUCUGGGGGGUCAGAGGAGCCUGUCCAGCUAUGACCUAGGGGGCAACAAGCAGACAACCAACCCAGACAAAGCUGCCUGUACUGGGGUAGAGAGCAACACCACCAGAUCAUCCAGACGGACCUCCAGUGCCCCGGGACACAGCGGUAGUGGAGGGGUUAAGAAGGAGGGUGAGGGGGGCGAGGAGGCCUCUGUGGCUGGGUGUGAGGGGUUUGGGGUGGCUACGGAGCAGGCCCUAAGCAGCCUGCUGCAGUAUGAAGGGAAGUGGAUGCUGUUUGACGACUCUGAGGUGCGUCUCUUUGAGGAGGAGGACUUUCUGAGAGCCUGUUCUCCAGAAACCUGCUCCACAUCUACCCCAUAUCUUCUGUUCUAUAGGAGGGUCUGAAACUUCUCUGUUUGUGGGUGAAUGAAGUAUUUUCUCAGAUGUCAUAGGGAAAUGUGGAGAGCAUUGGAAAAGAUCUCCUGAGGUUUUGAGAAGGAGUCAACUUGAGAUUCAGCCUGGUUGGCUUGCUGGGUUUAAUAGAUUCAGCCUGGUUGGCUUGCUGGGUUUAAUAGAUUCAGCCUGGUUGGCUUGCUGGGUUUGAUAGAUUCAGCCUGGUUGGCUUGCUGGGUUUAAUAGAUUCAGCCUGGUUGGCUUGCUGGGUUUAAUAGAUUCAGCCUGGUUGGCUUGCUGGGUUUAAUAGAUUCAGCCUGGUUGGCUUGCUGGGUUUGAUAGAUUCAGCCUGGUUGGCUUGCUGGGUGGGUUUGAUAAUCCUGUCACUGAUGUUUAUAACCUGUAUAUGUCCUUUUUCAAAUGUUUUACUAUUCAGUUUAUCCUCUUUUUUUGUGUGCUGGGAAUAUAACAUUAGCAGUCUACAAAAAUGCACCUUCGCACUUGACAUCAAGCAACCUGCCCUUUGAUUUUCCUGCCCUCGUGUUGGAAGUGGUCUGAAUGGAAAGUACAAGGUUUCUCCCUGACACUUUUUUUUUUUUCAGAUUAUUUUUUUAUAAAGAGCACAUUUUUAUUCUUGUACAUCUUUAUCCUGUUCUGGCUUCAUGCCUUCUGUCUGUUGAUUAAUGUUCAUACUGUUGGUCUGUCAGAAAUAAGAGGACUAGUUUUGGCCAUAAUGUUUAAGUUCAGUUAGAUUCAGGCACUGGCCGUCUGGUUCUUGGUGGAAGAACUUUUAUAAGUGAAGAAAACUAAAUUACUUCUCUUGGUUGGUCAUUUUGUACAAGGUUUUAUAAGUGAAUUAAAGCAGUGAUGAAAUACCUAGCCAAUAAGAUAGACAAUCACUUUACAAAAUGCUAGUACAACAAUGCAUAGCUGUUAGUCUCAGAUUUGAUAUGUAUAGAGGGGGAAGUGGACUGUUGUUUUGGCUUCAGGGAUUGUCUACCCUAGGGCUCUAUUCAAUCCGUAUUGCAGAAGUUCAGCUUUAAAUUUAACGCCAAUGUUCCUGCUUUAGUGGAAACUGCAGAUAUCUGCUCAAUGGGGAAAUGACCUUUGAAAGAGCAUACCUAGAAUGAAAAAGUACUACACAAGCAAUAAAGUUUGAACUUUCAUGUAAAACGGACUUUCUAUUCAUCCUUUCCCUGCUGUGAAGUGUUAUAGAUUUAAAAUAAAUGGUUUGGCUUUGAAACCAGGACAGUAGAGUUACUUUUUAAUGUGAAUAAUUCCCACUCUCCUGUACAUGUAAUAAAGCACUGUGCAUUUCCAAAUGUUA